UAUAUACACAUAUCAUCAUCAUCAUCAUAAUUAAUUACUCAUAAAUAUUGAUUUAUUCAACACAAAUCGCCUCAUUCGUAAAGUCAGCAAUCGAACAGGAUAUUUUUCUAUUUAUUGAUUCAUCCCCAUUAUAUAAUAUAUAAAUUCUCGUCAUUAAAUUUAUCUCUGCCGCCACACAAAUUCGAUAUUCCAUCAGAUUCUCCAGCUGCUCGAAAUUCCGCAAGAUGAAAUGAGCUAAUAAACCCUUUUGAAAGAUGCAUUCACCGUUGGAAGAACAUUUCCCCGAGCUGUUAGAAUCACCUCGGGUGACUUUAGCAAAUGAACCGGCUUGUAAUAUGCACAAACCAGUCGGGCAGUUUUGUUUGCCCUCUUCGGAAAUGAUGAAUUCGAUAUCCGUGUCGCCAAACGAUGGAUUCGAUAACAGUGAUGGGCAGUGGAAUGCAGAUUCGGUUGAGUACUUUCUUGAUAAUCCGUUUAAUAGUAUCCCUGUUGAGAAUGGACAAAGAGAUAACACUGCAGAUUUAGCGAUGUCUGAAAACGGGGUUGAGAAAACUGAUUGGCCCGAUUGGGCGGCUCAGUUGAUUGCAGUUGAUGAUGACGAGACACUCAAUUCGAACUGGAAUGAUCUUAUUGAUAUCGAUGUUCCUGAUCCAGAUCCAAAGCUGCUGGAUUUACCACCUGAUGUCUCAACAUUCCAGCCACAAAUUCAUCAGCUGCAUCACCAUCCUAUGCCAGUUGGAGAUGCAUACGGAGGAUUAAACUCUCCAAACGCACCCACAGCUAAAUCAAGAAUGCGGUGGACACCAGAACUUCAUGAAGUUUUUGUGGAUGCUGUAAAUAAGCUUGGUGGCAGUGAAAAAGCUACACCAAAAGGUGUUUUGAACCUCAUGGGUGUUGAAACCCUCACCAUUUAUCAUGUGAAAAGCCACUUGCAGAAAUAUAGAACUGCCAGAUACAAGCCAGAGUCGUCGGAAGGAACUUCUGAAAAGAAGUCGAGUACUCCCACCGAUAUGACAUCCGUGGACUUGAAGACGACAAUGGGCAUAACUGAAGCUCUGAGAGUGCAGAUGGAAGUACAGAAGCAACUACAUGAACAACUUGAGAUACAAAGAAAUCUACAGUUACGAAUCGAAGAACAAGGGAAGCACCUACAGAUGAUGUUUGAGCAGCAAAGGAAGAUGGAAGAAGACAAAACGACGAGAGCAUCUUCAUCGAAUGCACUCCUAUCCGUUGAAAAACAGCCUUCCUUAUGUACCGACAAAUCUGAACCAUCGGAUAACAAUCGUGCCACCACCAAAGAAGUCGCAACCGAUGUUAGCAUUUCGGCCGAUGAAAAUCCGAGCAAGAAGGAAAUGUUGUCUGAAACGAAACGGGCCAAUGACCCGUUUGACUCAGUGACAAAACGGGCCAGGGUCGAUGAAACGGGUACGGUUGAAGUUACUCGUGAUACAUGACAUGCAGUUUUUGUGGAAAAUCGGCUUGGUCCAUGCUUAGGAGGAAUUUAAAUUUAAUUAUCUCAAUUCGAAUAAUGCGAUGACUUAAUUUAAAGAAAUUGAAUAUGUUUGUAAAUAGUCUUUGGUAUGGUUGUCAUUAUUGUAUUCAGAUUGCUGAUGUAUUAAUUGUUAUUCAGGAAUGACAUGAAAUUCAGCCUUGAUUAAUUUGAUUUAAUUACCA